CCAAGUCUGUAUCGCGCGCCAUCUCGCAGUAUGGUUGACCUGAGUGUGUCCCGGAGAGACUUGAGCAAAAAGUCACGUGACACAGUGCAUUUGAAUGUACCUUCCGUGUCUGAUCACACCGUCGAAUCCGUUGAGAGCGAUAACACGGACAAUGUAAUGGGAAGGCUUAUGCGACGCACAUCCAUGCCUACUUUCACCUCCACCUCGGACCCACCUCCGUAUCCUUCCUUUGACCCGCGCCCGCCGAAGAGUGCACCUCCAUUUCAAUUCCACGAGGACGAAGGUCGCGAGCGCUUGCCUCCAUAUAGCAAUUCGCUGUAUCUCAGCGCUAUCAUGCCGCUCAAAAUGGAAUUCAGUACUCCUGGUAUCCAGGCAAAGGACAGGAAAUGGAGACGUGUGUUCUGCGAGCUUGAAGGGACAGUACUCCGUGUGUACAAGUGUCCUCCCGGCGCGAGCGGGGCGGGCAUCAUUGGCGAGUGGUGGGAGAGACGUGUCGGCGUGGGUGACCUAAGUAGCGGA